AUGCAGUCAAUUUUGAAACAAAAGACUGCACUUCGAUCUAUGUUUACAUCUGAAAAAUGGGUUAAUAGUGCUUAUUGCUCUAGGCCGGAAGCCAAAUUUGCAGAAAAUGUUGUUUUGGCUGAUAAAAGGUUUUGGAAAUCAAUACAUUAUUGCUUGAAAAUUGUGUCUCCUCUUGUGAAAGUUCUUAGACUUGUGGAUGGUGAUUCAAAACCUGCAAUGGGAUACAUUUAUGAGGCUAUGGAUAGAGCAAAGGAAGAAAUAGCAAAGAGUUUUAAUCAUGAGGAAAAGAGAUAUAAGGAUGUAUGGGAAAUCAUUGACAAGUUCCACUAUGACACAAAGUUCAACCCAGAUCGUGAGGUUAAAAUUGGCUUAUGGAAGACAUUGGAGAAGAUGUGUCCUGAUAUUGAAACAAGGAUCACAAUUGAUUCCCAAAUUGAGAAAUUUGACAGGGCUGAAGGACUCUUUGGAAAUAGUUUAGCAAUUGCAACUAGAGUUAGGAAGCAACCUGCUUUAUGGUGGAAUAGUUUUGGAGACGACUGCAAAGAGUUGCAAACAAUAGCUAUUCGUAUCCUAAGCCUCACUUGCAGUGCUACAGGGUGCGAGAGAAAUUGGAGUGUGUUUGAUCAAAUUCACUCAAAGAGAAGAAACCGUUUAGAGCAACAAAGGUUGAAUGCUCUUGUGUUUGUUAAAUACAACCUUCAACUUGAAAUUAGGCAAAAACAAAGGGAGGAAAAAGGAGACACAUAUGAUCCUAUCUGCUUAUCAGAUUUAGAUUCUGACGAGGAAUGGAUUACUGAGCAAGAGGAGCCUUGCCUAAUGGAUGAGGAAUCUUGGAUGGAUGUUCAUGAGUGCUUCAACGUUGAUGAAGGAGACCAAAGCAAAAAGAGAAAGAGAGGUCCUCGAAAUCUUCAAGAUGAUAGGAAUGAUAAAGGCAAAGGCAUCUUAAUACAAGAGGAUGUCGACAUGAAUGAUAACAGAAAAGGAUCUCAAAUUAUUGAACAAGAUAUGGGAGAUGAGUCAGAUGACUCUACUAAUGGAGAGGAUGAAGGACAAGAUAUGCCAAUACUAGAUCCUGAUAGUGAUAAUAGUGAUAAUAUUAGUCUUGAAAUUUAAUGAAUAUGAGAAAUAACUGGUUUUAGA